AGCAGUCCUUUCAGAUGUUAACUUAACAGUAUGCUGCUGCCCGGUAGUGUCACGGACAAGUUCCAGGGGACCUUUCCCCAAGUACUGGCAGCAGUAUCAGGUACUAUAUCAGCAAUAUCAGAUGGAAUGCAAUACGGUUGGACAUCUCCCACAAUCCCUAUCCUGCUAUCGGAAGAUUCGCCUUGGGAAGUAACCGCAUCUCAAGCGGAAUGGCUGGAAUCCAUUCUGAUGAUAGGAGCCUGCUGUGGGCUGCCCGCCACGAUGUACUUGGUGGACAAAAUCGGAAGGAAAAAGUCCCUUUUGAUCGCCAUGGUGAUCACCUUACUGGCUUGGAUAGUAAUGGCAGUAGCGCCGCGGAUAGAAUACGUCUUCGUCGCCAGGUUUUGCGCAGGAAUGGCCGGAGAUAUGGCGUUUGUAGCUGCACCGAUGUACGUAGCUGAGGUUGCCGAUCAAAAAAUCAGAGGAUUUCUAUCGAGCUUAAUCUAUGUUAUGAUGCUCACAGGGAUACUAAUUGUGUACUGUGUCGCGCCAUUCGUACCCAUGUGGGUACCGUGUCUAUUAGGAGUUCUUAUCAACUCCAUUGGUCUCACGAUCUUCCCGUUUCAACCGGAUUCUCCGUAUUAUUUGCUGUACAAUAACAAGCCGGACGAGGCGAAGGAAGCUCUAAAGAAGCUUAGAAAAAGAGACAAUAUCGACGGGGAAUUCCUCGACAUAUCGGCUGCCAUUGAACGGCAAAAAAGCGAGAAGGGUCGGUUCCAAGAUUUGUUCCUGGUGCCGAGCAAUAGAAAAGCUCUAAUUAUAAUGGUGAUGCUGAACAGUUCGCAGCACAUGAGCAGCAUAAGCGUGAUGCUGAUGAAUUUGCAUUCGAUUCUCGCCGAAGCUGGGUCUUUUUACGUCGCCGCCCAUACCGGGGCUAUCAUAUUUUCGGCCACGAUGUUUGCGUCCGCAAUGACCGCUUCGUUGGCGAUAGAUAACUUCGGAAGGAGGUUCUUGCUCUGCACGUCUGGGCUUUUCGCCGGUGUCUCUCUUCUAACUAUUGCUAUAUACUUUACGAUAAAAAAUUCAGGAGUGGAUAUAAGUAAAGUUAGCUGGUUGCCGCUGUUUAUGGUGAUCCUUUAUGCAGCGUCGUUUAAAUUCGGUAUCGGGCUUGUGCCUGUCGUUAUGACUGCUGAAUUGUUCCCGGCUAAGGUUAAAGCUUUCGGCAUGACGUUGUCGGAUUUGUGUUAUGUCGGAUUUUCCGUGAUAUCGUUGCAAAUAUACCACGUGCUCAGGCAUGCUUUUGGUAUUCAAGUACCGUUUUAUUUGUUCGCUUGUUCCUGUUUUUGCACCGUUAUAUUCACGCUAUGUUAUAUACCGGAAACUAAGGGACGAACUUUGGAAGAGAUACAGAUGAUUUUGAAGAAUGAAUUCAAAUCUAAGUACACUGAUGGAGAUGCUAAAUUGGAUGAUGGAAACAAGGAUGGGUACAAAAAUGAGGCGUAUGUUCCAUAAGUAUUUUGUACGGCUUUUUUCUCACGAAAAGCUAGAUUUAUUUAUUAACGUUUUUAGGGAUAAAGUUGGUAUAAGCUUAAAUACUUUUUUCGUAACAGCAAUUUUCCAAACAUUUUCAAUACCUUUCAUUUGAUAUAUCAAAUAUAUUAAGGAAUAUUUCCUUGUAUUUAUCCAAUUACUAUUAAAGUGAAAAACCAGUACUUAUUUGUGACCAAAAAAGCGUUUGAGAUUUUAUAAGAACUAUCAUGUAAUAUGUUUGUUUUAUUAAAAACCAAGUA